AUGAAAAUAAUUCAAGAAGAAGUAAAGAGUAACAAGAUCUACAUUUUAUAUGGCGUGUCAACUAAUCCUACGGGUUAUUUUAUUGCCAGUGUCAUCGUUGGACCAUUAGAUCCUUCAGAAGUGCAACGGAUCCCUGAUGAUGCAGAGGAGCAGCAACUGUUCACAGAGUUUGAAUUCACAUUGUCUGCACUCUCGCAGCACGCCUCAAUCGGCCCACCUGAUAUUUUCCUUCAGGAGAUGCAGCCAUUCGAGUUUCCGGCGUCUGCAUUGCUGCUGCAGCAGCCCUACAGAUUAGAUGAAAAACUGGUAGAAACAGAGUUUGAUAAUACAGAAGAUCAAUAUCAUUAUAUUGUAAAUAAACUACAUGAAGCCGCCAAGGAAGCUUUAGGAGAAACAGAAGAAACACGUACAAACCAUCCAUUAUACUACUGGAAUGAAGAAAUUAAAAAGGAAGUGAAAUUAAAGAAAGAAAAAUAUUUAAAAUGGUUAAAUACCAGAAAUCUUCAAGAUAAAAUAGAGCUUAAUGCACAACAAGCGAAAAUCCGGAAAAAGGUUGCAGAAGCAAAAAACAAAGUUUGGGAACAGUCAUGUCAAAAAAUUGAAUCCUAUAUUGGUGGUAAAAGAAACACAGAAGCAUGGAAAACUAUAAAAAAUUUAAGAAGGAAUUCCAAAGAAACAACACAUAUUAAAUAUAUUACUCAUGACUCUUGGGAAAAAUAUUUUAAAAGUUUAUUAACAGAAAACAGGGAAGAAUACUUGGGAAACCCUGAAUAUAAUGAAAUGAUAGAUCUACAAGCAGAGAAUUACAUCCGUUUGGAAAUAGAGACAGUAAAAACUGCCAUAAAAUCUUUAAAGAAUGGAAGGGCUACAGGCAUUGGAGGUAUUCCUGUAGAAUUAUUAAAAUUAGGAACAAAGAAAUUAAUGGAAUUGUUAAGAAACCUUUUCGAAAGAUGUUUAAAUGGGGAAGAUGUCCCAAAUGAUUUGAAAGUAGGAUAUAUUUCAGUGAUACAUAAAAAAGGAGCGAAAGAUGAAUGUAAAAAUUAUAGGGGAAUAACAGUGACCAAUACCUUCAGUAGAUUAUAUGGAAGAAUUAUUAAAUAUUUGUUAGAACAAGAAUACGAAGAAAAGGAGGCUGAAGAACAAGCAGGUUUUAGAGCUGGAAGAUCAACAAUUGAUCAUAUUUUUGCCUACAACAAAUUAUUGAAAAAAAAUGGUUCGGGCACAACCUAUACAUUUAGUAUUCAUAGAUAUAGAAAAAGCCUAUGA